CUUGAUUCCCCACUCAAAACAACCACCCUUCAGAAGACAUUUUCAGCCUUAGUCCUUAUUGCGCUCUAUCGAAACUAUCCGUCUCUUACCAAGUCAGCAUCACGGAAUCGGGCUGAAGCAUCGUACAUCAGCAAACUACAACAACUGGAAGGGACAGCGAGCGCACAAGUACGUAUAUGUAUGCUAAUACUAGUAGGACACAAGGUGAAUAUCUAUAAAUUAUAAAUGGAAAAUUGUAUCAACUCUCGACCGUCCAUGGCAAACGAAUUAAUCAAGCUGGAUAAUAAGGGACAAUGAGACAUUCCUGUUCUACGUGCAGUUCUACAAGAGAUGAUUGCCCUUGGGCGUGCAUUGGGCUACCCGGACGACGAAGAUGGUCUACCUUCUUCCCUCGUUGUCAGUACUAUAUCAAAUACCGCAGAGUUACACCGCAGCCCUACCCUUAAAACUCUCCCGAGCAUGCUCCUUGACGCGCAGAAUGGGCUGCCUAUCGAGGUGGAGGUUAUUUUUGGAGAGGUGGUCAGAAUGGCGAAGGAAACGGGGGUAGAUGUGCCACGUAUUGAAACGCUAUAUGCUUUGCUAGCUAUCAUCCAAAACCAGGCUCUUGGUGGAUUUAGACAGCCCAAAGCAUAGGAACGGCGACCUUUUCAUGUCACGAUAGUAUAUCUUGAAGGCUAAGCCAUUGCGUCAUGCCCCACUGGGUGUCACAGUUAGGGCUUGUUGCAACUCCUUGACCUCUACUUGCAACGGAAGGCAUGGUAUGUGUUGU